AUGCGCUAUAUCACCACCGGACAGCUGGACCCUGGCUCCAAGGGACGAUCUUUUGAUCAGAAUGGACGCCUGAAAUGUUUCGAAGACGGAGAGAUCAUUGACGAAGAGCACACUUCCGCUGGACCACUGGGAGGUGAUCAGGAUCUAAGGUCAAGAGGUGCUACGCCUCCAGAGGAUGAAGAUCUCUCAUUCCUGCCUCCUGAAUUCUCGGAUUCGGAAGUUCAUUGCCCAGAAUUCGAAGCCCAAGUGAAGCGGCCCACCUAUGACUUCGAUUUCUGGUAUCAACGUCCGAGCCAUUCCUAUCCAUCUGUUAACAGAGACGAUAGCCCUUCGGACGACUACUAUUAUCCAAAUCGAAACGGUUAUUCCGACAUCUCGGAAAUACCAUUACACCACAGGUGGUAUGUCGACGUUCCCACACCUUACUGCGUGAACUUAUCCUCAAUGUAA